AUGGACAAUAAGACUGAAACCGCUGCAAACAAAGGUGGAAAGGAAACUUUUGACUCUUCAGAUGCUGAAUCUACCGCGUUUCUACCGAUAAACGACGACUCGAAGUACUCCUUUUGGUCUAUCUAUGCGAACAGUUCUGACAGUGAAUUGGAUACUGGACCUCUUGUUACUGAUUUUUAUUGCAACUACUGCAAUAAGUCGUUGCCCUUAGGUAGCUGCCGAAUAAGAUGUGCAGAAUGUUCCGAUUAUGAUCUGUGUAUCCGCUGUGCUUGUAACUUUAUGCACACGGAAACACAUGAACUAAGUCACAAAUACAUACCGAUAGGUCCAAACAAUUUUGAAUUAUUCUCCGAAGGCUGGACCGCUGAUGAAGAGCUUCUUCUAUUGGAAGGGAUAAGCAAAUUCGGAUUUGGAAAUUGGAAGCAAGUUGCUGAGAUGGUAAAUACAGUCUCAGCGAAGCAGAAAUCGCCGUAUGACUGUGAAUCGCAUUACAAUGAUGCAUAUAUUUCAUCUGUUACCUCACCCUAUCCAGAUAUUAAAAAGAUACGCAGCAAAUUGAGUCCGGAGAAUUCUGAACAAAAACUAUUUGAAAGUUUUAACGUCAUGGUUAAGAGCUAUAAGCGUUUUGAAAACCCCGAUGCGGAUGAUAGAAUCAUAUCCUCUGAGGCAUCUGGAUCACAUUCAUCCUAUAUCCCACCUCCAGUUGAUAUAUUGCAUUCGAAUCCUAACCAAGUGAAAUUUUUCCAAAAUUUUACGGGCUAUAACAUAUAUAGAGAUGAACUGGAAAACGAGUACAAUAAUGAUGCAGAGAUGAUAUUGAAAGAUGUUGAGUUUGAGCCAUGGGAUUCUCCAUCUGAAAUAAAAUUUAAAGUUCAACUAAUAGAUUUAUAUAAUGGACUUUUGGACGAAAGAAUCUAUCGCAAGCGUGUGUUGAUACAUAGAUUUUGGUAUGAUUUUCAAUUACGCGAUAAGGAAAUGGCAAAUAUGACUGAUGUGGAAAAGAUGGUAUAUUGGCGUGUAUCUCCACUUUUAAGGUUUCAUUCGGAAGACGACCAUAUGAAACUUACAAAAUUGUUGAUAGCAAAGGCUGAAUUGGAGAAAAGACUAGAAAUUGUCCAGCAGUGGACUUCUUUGGGGUUCAAAACAAUUCAGGACAUACAAGACUUUGAUAUCCAUAAACCAACUAAACAAAACAAUAAACAUAGAAUACCUAUGGAUAAAGUGGAUGAUUUUGCAGCAAAGUUAAUCGGAAAUAGUAGAAUUUCAAAACAAGAUUUAUAUGCACAUAUUGGAGAAAUGCAUACUAGAUUCUGUGAUGAAUUUUCGAUCUCUGAAUCGCAAUUACAUGAAAUGUUUAAUUACAUGCUGGAAACCAAAAUGGGGAAUGGUACCUUCCCAACUAAUUCUAAUGCUGUAAUUCCUGCUUGGGACCUCUGCUUUGACAACUCUUUGACCGAGGCGCAAAGGAAUUCCAUACCUAAAAUCGCAAAUGCCCCAAAAUUAAUCGACGGACCAGAUUACUCCAAAUUGAGAAUAAUUCUAAAGGGUAACAAGAAUGGGUAUGAUCUAUCCGACUUAAAUUUUGAUCAAAUCCAGUUAAACACAGAACCAAAAACUGUCAGACAAUCCAGAAUUCAAGUUUCCAAGGAUUCAUACUACUACUUUACAGAGCUUCCCACAUUGUCACAAUUAGACAAAAUUAAGGUCAGCAAAACUUCUAACAAGCGGAAAAAAGAUGGAUCAUACAAUUUUUCAAACAAACUAAGAGCAUCGCAACGUAGAUAA